UCCUGCUCCCUUCCCAUUCCAACCAGGCAAGACGAAAGCGCUGUACUGCCCCCCAAAUCUGGUGAUUUUCAUUGGUUGGACAAAUCCCUUUUUACCUACAUUGUGCUGCUGUUAUUCUUAAGUUCCUCUCAAGUUUGUUCAGGAGGUGAGGCUUGGCACCUUCGAUGGUGGAUAAUGGGGCCUCUGAGAUGGAUACUCAUGACCCUUGCCUUAUGUUCCUCUCUUGCAGAACCAGAAAGUGAUGUUUCAUGGAAGCUUCCUGAGUUUGGAGAUGUUUAUCAUGUCGCAGGAACUAUCCAACUGCCCUUUGCUGAGAUUGAGGAGCCCUUUGAAGCCUGGUACAACCUGACUGCGAAGAAGAGCUGCAUUCAGUACUACCAUGGACAAGUUGUCACCUAUCAGAUGGAGACUGAUGGCCCAUGGGGUGUCAAUUAUAAGAUCACUCCAGAAACCACAGAAACAGAAGUGAAUGUCCGGAUGUGCUUCCAAAUCAACGGCACUGCAGAAAGUCCUGUUGCGCCUCAAAGUGUGUUCCCUAAUAUGGAUGGAUUUAGGCCCGUCCGGAAGGAAAACUACAAAGGCCUGGACUGUAGCGUGUGGCAGAAUGUGACCUAUUGGGGCACCAAGAAAAACAUCUACACCCUGUGGGUUUCCAAUUCUGAAAAUGGGUCAGUCCCCGUACGCUACGAGAUGAGAGGCCUCAACAACCUUAUGGGAUCCCAUUAUGACAAAUACAACAUUGAUUAUCAUGGAUUCUCCCACAGCUUCUUGCCCAGUGUGCUGGACCUGCCGAAAGAAGUGAAAUGCAAGACACCACCUGGGCAAAGAGAUGAGCACCUCAUCCUGGCCAACCCAAUGCAAGAUUUUGUCUCAAAAGGAGUGGACAGGGGCCAUGGGCUCUUCCACCAUUAUAGGAAGAAGUACAAGAAGACGUAUAUUUCGGAGCAGGAAAUUGAACAGAGAGCAAACACCUUCAUCCACAAUAUGAGGUUUGUCCACUCCAAGAAUCGAGCCAACCUGUCCUUCAAACUGACACUGAACCACUUGGCUGAUCACACCCCAGAAGAACUGGCUGCAAUGAAAGGGUUGCUGGAAGACAAGACACCCAACGAUGGAGAGCCUUUCCCCUUGGAGCUGUAUUCUAGCAUUAUCCUUCCCGAAAGCCUUGACUGGAGACUGUACGGUGCAGUGACACCAGUCAAGGAUCAGGCCAUGUGUGGUUCCUGCUGGAGCUUUGCUGCUACGGGGACUUUGGAAGGAGCCCUUUUCCUCCAAACAGGAAAGCUGACGGCCUUGUCGCAGCAAGCCCUAAUGGACUGCUCCUGGGGCUUUGGGAAUUUUGGCUGUGAUGGUGGCCUUGCAUGGCGGGCCUUCAAAUGGGCCAAAGAGCAUGGCGGUGUACCAAGCACUGAGUCCUAUGGGCCAUACAGUGGUCAGAAUGGAUACUGCCACUACAAUCAAUCUGAAUUUCUAGGUAAUGUGUCAGGAUAUGUCAGCAUCCCAUACGGCAAUAUCAUGGCUUUGAAACAAGCUGUCGUCAAGAAUGGACCCAUAGCAGUCAGCAUUCAUGCUUCUCCCAAGUCAUUCAUGUUUUAUGCCAAUGGAGUCUAUUACGACUCUGAGUGUGGCAAUAGCACCACCUUGAACCACGGAGUGCUGGUUGUGGGCUAUGGGGUCCUGCAAGGGCAGCCCUAUUGGCUGAUCAAGAACUCUUGGUCCACCUUCUGGGGAAAUGACGGCUACAUUCUCCUAUCAAUGAAGGACAACAACUGCGGGGUGGCCAAUGCUGCCUUGUACCCUAUUUUAGAGUAAGAUUGCUCACUAAGCAUACCUGUGCAUAAAACUCCAGGUGGAGUCCAAAAGGCCAAUUGACUUCUAAUAUAGAAUCCACAUUAUCUGCUUUGCGCUGGAUUAUACGAGUCUACACUGCCAUAUAAUCCAGCUCAAAGCAAACAGUCUGGAUUUUAUAUGGCAGUGUAGAAGGGGCCUUAAGUCAUUUUAAAUCAUUGCUUUCAUUCCACAUUUUUUUCUUAACCAUUUAACAUUAAGAAUAAUCCCACAAUUCUAAUUAUAAUAUUUCAGACAUUUACUUUCCAAUAUUUGCAUGUUAAAGUACAAUUAGAGUGAUAAAUGCAGGAGCUGAUUGAAAUUUUGGGGACUUUUUUUUUUCAAUUUUGGGUCUUACCACGGUGUAUUAUUGUUGUGAGGGGAAAUUGAAUGCUAUCUGGUUUUUAUUUUUGCCUGAACUUUCAUGGGUAUAAAUCUCCUUUGGAUGCAGUGCAGAGUGCUAAUAAUAACCAAUCAAUGAAUGCCAAUCUAUAUAAAUAAAAAUGUAAUGUUCGUUUGUGGGAUUAACAGAACUCAAAAACCAGUGGGCCAAUGGACACCAAAUUUGGACAGCAUACACCUAACAACCCAAUGAGUGACCACCAUGCAAAUAAAUAAAUAAAUAUGAUUUUGUCAUUUGGGAGUUGUAGUUGCAGGGACUUAUAGUUAACCUACAAUCAAAGAGCAUUCCAAACUCUACCGAUGAUGGAAUUGAAUCAAAUGUGGCACACAAAACUCCCAUGACCAAAAGAAAACACUAGAAGGGUUUGGUGGGCAUUGACCUUGAGUUUGGGAGUCGUAGUUCACCUACACCCAGAGAGCACUGUGGACUCAAACAAUGAUGGACCACAUCAUCUUGACCACACUUGGCAUGAAUAUUCCAUUCCAUAUGCCCAAAUAUGAACACAGAUGGAGUUGGGGGGAAAUAGACCUUGACAUUUGGGAGUUGUAGUUGUAGCCAGGCAUAUAGUAUAGAGAUAAAAACCCUGAGCAUUUAUUAUUACUCUGUAUUGCAUCUGAAGACGGAGGUUUAUAUCUAAGGCCCCUUCUACACUGCCAUAUAAUCAAGAUUAUCAAGUCAGAUAAUCCACAUUAUCUGCUUCGAACUGGAUUAUAUGAGACUACACUGCCAGAUAAUCCAGUUCAAAUCAGAUAAUCUGGAUUUUAUCGGGCAGUGUAGAAGGAACCAAGGGGCCCUUCUACACUGCCAUAUAAUCCAGAUUAUCAAAUCAGAUAAUCCUCAUUAUCUGCUUUGAACCGGAUUAUAUGAAUCUACACUGCCAAAUAAUCCAGUUCAAAGCAAAUAAUCCAGUUCAAAGCAGAUAAUUUUGAUCAUGCAAAAAUUGUGAAAACCCAUUAAUCUUAAAGGCAUCACCACACACCCCACUUUUCUCUUUUUUAUGCUCUAAGAAACUAUGGGUCCACGGGAAAUUCUAGCAUUUUAAGGUAGAACCAUGGUGGACAAAACGUGGCUGUCUAGAUGUUGCUGGGCUAUAACUCCCAGCAUUCCUUAUCAUUGGCUAUGUGGCUAUUAAGGGUUGCAGUCCCGCACGGUAUGAAGUCUUACAUCUUGCCCACCCUAAUCUGGAAAUCACGUAAAAUGAAAGACCUCUCUCUGCCUGAGUCAAAGGGUGAGGAUGAUGGCAGGUUAAAUAGGUCAAAAUGAUGUGAUAUAAAGCAGCUUGCUAUGUCUGUCACAGCUUUCGUUGCAUUUUGAUUGAAUGUAUUUUGGAAUUGCAUGUUUUGGAAUAAAGAACAAGACCUUUGUGGUUA